AUGCGAGGUUGCAUCAAACAGCCUCCAGUGGUGAAGGCGCACCCUGGUCCGCUUGGUCGAGAGUGCCUCGUGGGAAAACUGUCGUCAUACUCGGUUUCUCUUAGCCGUUGUUACCCAGUCGACGAGCCCUCGGACGACAAUGCCGUUAUACCGACCAAUGGCGAAAUUGCCGCAUUCUUGUCCGGUCUCAAUCGAUGCCAAGUACUGCGUCACGAGGCCGACGAUGGUCCAUUCUACAGAUGGCCCCUGACCACGCGCAUACAUGAGCGAAUGGAGACUAGGCGGACAACCACUGUGGAACUGGGUUACAAUGGGGCGCCACCGAGGUGUGCGGAAGCCUUUGCCGAUCGCCUUCGGUCCCUUUUUGUGCAACCGGUGUGGCUCCACGCCUUGAGUGAAACGGCGCGGAUUGAAUGA